AUUUCUGAAAUGGCUUAAUUGCAGUUUUCCUCCCUCAUGUUUCACCGUUGUGCGAAGUUCCUCCCCCAUGUUUAAAAGGAGCAGAUUCGCUCCCUCAUGUUUCAAAAUGUGCAGAUUCGAUCCUUCCGUUAGUUUGCCGUCUGAAAGCUAACGGCAGAUGCUGACCUGGCUUCCUUUUCACACCCCCCCUUGCAUACCACCCCUAUUUUUUAAAAGAAAAACACGAAAAAUAAAUAUAAAUGAAAAUAUGCUAAACCUAAAUCCCCAAAUCAGACUUCAUAAGCCUUCACCAAAAUUAGAAACCCUCUUUGUGCGAUUUCCCUCCUCCAUUUUUCCCCUCAAUCUCUAAAGUCCAUUGAUCUCUUCGCCCAAACUGCUCAAUCGCACGGUUCUUCGUUGAGAUUCCCUUCAAUGGCUGGUGGUCCCAGGCGUGGAGGUAGAGGGCGACAACGACGAGGCAACGACAAGGGAAAGGAGCCUGUCGGUGAACAAAGCACACGUGAGGGGAAGGGAAAAGAGCCUGUCGUUCAAGAACCUGUCGAGGGAGAAGGAAAGGAGCCCGUCCUCGAAGGGUGGCAGUUGUUUGGAGCCGACGAUAUUCCAAACCAUUUCCGAUUUAGGCCUACUGUUGUGAGUAAAUUGACAUUGAUUAUUUGGCAUAAAGGUCAUUUUGUGUUUGAGCCUACAUGUGCGUAUGUUGAAGGGGAGUCUGAAAUAUUGCCAGGUUGGGAUCCAGAUCAAAUAAAUUCAAUAGAAGUAGACAAGAUAGUGACAGCACAUUUAGGGUAUGCUUCAUAUAAGUGUUUGUGGUAUAGGGCUCCUACUUUAGGGUUGUUUGAUGGCCGCAGACCACUUAGGGAUGAUGGAGAUGUUCAUCAAUUUCUGAGUGAUGUCAAGGGUUUCUCUGAAGUUGAGUUUUAUGUUGAGCACUUGGAAGAAACUGGAGUACAAACUGGUGAAUUGCAGAAAGGGACACAGAUAUUUGUGGAGGACAUUGACUCUGAAACAGAGUCUGCUUUUGUGAGUGUAGCAAGGGAGGCAGAGGCUGAGAUUGACAGUCUUGCAAGGGGGGUGAGUGAGGUAAGGGCGGUGUCUGAAGUUGUGAGUGAAGAGAGUGUGGUGCACGAGGGUGUGAGUGAAAAGAGAGUGCUGCCUGAGGGUGUGAGAGAGGAGGUUGUGGUGCAUGGGGGUGUGAGUGAACAGAGGACUGUGUCUGAGGUUGUGAGUGAACAGGGGGUACAACAAAAUAUUGUUAGCCUGACUGGGGAGCACAUAUCAGAUGAUGACAGCUUGGAUGAUGAUUAUGAAGCAUUGAGUGGGGAAGAAGAAUCUAAUGAUGUGAGCCUUGAUGACUCAGACUUUGAUGAGAGAUGGGAGUGGACUACUGUUUUGCCAACUGGAGAUGUUGAAGCUGUAACUAGUUUGCUUGGUUCACAAAACCCCAAUUCUACCAACUAUGAUAGUUUUGAAGAUGAGUAUGGAGACUCUUCAGACCUAGAUACUCCACCUGGAAGUGAUUCAGAUACUGAGGAGAGACCCAAGUUUCCUAAGUUCAAGCAAAAGGAAGAUGAUUCUGAAGUCAGGUUUGAGGUAGGUCAGAUAUUUAGUUCUGCUGCUCUUCUUAAGAAUGCAGUGAAGGAUUAUGCCUUGCAGAAUAAGAAGAAUGUUUAUUUGGAAAAAAAUGAUCCAAAAAGGGUUGUAGUUAAAUGUACUGAGGAAUGUGUAUUCUAUCUUAGGGCAUCUAAGUACAAGCAGAACACAUACUUUCAGAUUGUCACAUUAUAUGAUGAGCAUACAUGUGUAAGGACCAGCAAGAAUAGGCAAGCUAAGACCAAGUGGAUAGCAAAGAAGUUUGUGUCUAUGCUAAGACACACACCUUCCUUGAAGGUAGGUGCUUUGGUAGAGGAGGCAAAGAUAAGGUGGGGGGUUGUGUUGUCUAGAUUUCAAGCUUACAGAGCUAAAGUAACUGCAUUAGAGAUGAUACAAGGAGCAGUGCUUGAGCAGUAUAGACAUCUUAGGAGUUUUGGUGAAGAACUCCUAAGAAGCAAUCCAGGUAGUACAGUCAAGAUCAAGAGUGUUGUGGGAGCUGGUAAUCCAGUGUUUGAGAGAAUUUACAUUUGUUUUGCUGCCUGUAAGAGAGCCUUUGCAACCUGUUGUAGACCCUUAAUAGGCUUGGAUGGGUGCUUUUUAAAGGGAUUAUAUGGUGGGCAGUUAUUGGCAGCUGUUGGGAAGGAUGGGAAUAAUCAAAUGAUUCCCAUAGCAUUUGCAGUUGUAGAGGCAGAGACAAAGGAUUCAUGGGCUUGGUUUGUGCACCUGCUAGUUGAUGACUUGAGUAGUGUGAGUCCAAAUGCCUGGGCUUUUAUUUCUGAUCAACAAAAGGGAUUGGUACCCACUUUACAAGAGCUGGAUCCAAAUGUGGAGCAUAGACUUUGUGUAAAGCAUUUAUAUGGGAAUUGGAGGAAAAAAUACCCCGGUCAAGAAAUGAAAGGAGCACUUUGGGCAGCGGCUAGAGCAAGUACUGGUCCAGAGUUUGAAAGGGCUAUGGAUCAUAUGAAGACAUUAAAUGAGGAAGCAUGGAAGGAUAUGAUGGAGGUACCAGCCAAGAUGUGGAGUAGGUCAGCUUUUAGUACUAAUACAGUGUGCGAUCUGCAGGUGAAUAAUAUGUGUGAGGCCUUCAAUAGGGCAAUAUUAGAAUGGAGAGAUAAGCCAAUUAUUACUCUAAUUGAAGGCCUCAAAUAUUAUAUCACUAACAGGAUAGUGAAGCAAAGAGAACUGAUGUUAAAGUACAGGGAUGCAAUUUUCCCUAUGAUCCAACAAAAGCUAGAGGUGAACAAGCAGAAGGCUGAUAACUGGAUACCUAUGUGGAAUGGAGAUGGUGGUUACACUUUGUUUGAGGUUAGUAGGAGUCAAACAGACAAGCAUUCUGUGAAUUUAGCUACAAAGACUUGUUCUUGUAGGAGAUGGGACCUAAGUGGAAUUCCAUGCUGCCAUGCAAUAACUUGUAUGUGGCACAACCAUGUGGCACCUGAAGAAUAUGUUCACCCUUGUUAUAGCAAACAAAACUUCUUGGCUACUUAUGAUCACAUUAUCCUGCCAUCUAAUGGGCCCAAGUUGUGGCCUAUUAGUCGAUAUCCUCCACUUGAUCCACCUUUCAUGAGAAGGGCACCUGGGAGGCCCAAAAAGCAGAGGAGGAAAACAAAUGAUGAGCCCAGAGACCCCAAUAGGCUGAGGAGGUACCAUACCACAAUUCAGUGUAGGAGGUGUGGUGAACCAGGGCAUAACAAAAGGACUUGUACUGGUAAGCAAGCUGCUGACAGGGCUAUACCAGUGGGAGGGAACAAGGAUAAUUCCCAGAUGCUUCAUCCUGAACAAAGGGCAAGUGGGAGUGGAUCUGCUCAAGCAAGAAAUGAUGGUGCUGUUGAAACUGGUGAACAAGAACAAUUGUUGACUACUAGAAGGAGAACUAGAAGAGCAAGUGGGAGUGGAGCUAAUCAACAAGGGAAUGAUGCUGCUGUUGAAACUGGUGCACAACAACCAGGGGUGACUACUACAAAGAGAACUACAAGAGCAAGUGGGAUUGGAGCUGCUAGUGAAGGAAAUGGCGUUUCUGUUGAUACCAAUGCACAUGAAGCUGCUCCAACUAGAAGGAGACCUCCAAGGGCAAGUAGAAGGAGACAACCUCAAGGUGAAGCCUCCCAAGCUGCACAACCAGUUCAAAAUCAUCAACCAAUUCAACCUCAGCAGCCAGUUCAAGCACCAUAUAUACUGACACAGUGCUCACAGACAGCCAGCUCAAUAACAACUCAUGCUCCAGGGGUAGCAAGUGGUUCUCAGGGAACUGGAAGGCCUGGGAAGAAGCAGAAGCUUGUUGUUUUAGGAUGAUGUUAAGCAAAGCAACAAUGCAUAAUAAGAUUUUUUUGUUAGGCUGCUGCCAAAGUGUUAUGUUAUCUUGUUCUGGGCAGAACCUUAUUACUGUUAUUUUGUGUUAGUUUGUGUUACUCGAGUAUGUUAAUGCUUUCAAGUUGUGUGUAACUUGACUAUGUCACUUGCUUUCAAGUUGUGUGUAACUUGACUAUGCUAUUUUCUGUUAUGG